GAGGGAGUUGCCGAGCCCCGCCGCGGCGGAGCUCCCUCCCGGCACUGCCGGCGCGGGCGCGCUCGCGGGGCGCGCCCGCCUCUCGAGGGGGGGGGCGCUGCGCGCAGGGGAGGAGGCCAUGGCCACAGUUGCUGGUAUGGGGGCCACUCGGAGCACACUGUUGCGGAGCUGGAAACUGCGGCGUGGCUUACGGCUGGAGCUGCACCUCACUCCAGACGUGCUCUCGCACCCGCCCGGGGGCGCGGGCUGCUGCGACGCCCUGGUGAACCCCGCGAACGAGGCGCUGGUCGGCACGAAGCUGCCGUACUUCCCCAUGCCGGUCGAGCCUCCUGCAGGUCUUCGAACGACUGAUUGGUGUGCUAUGGAGGCUGGGCCAAACAUGUUCUAUUCGAUGCAGG